CUGGCCGCUACCAUAGCAAUUGUUUUUGUUAAUAUAGCAAUAGUCAUUGUUUACAAUAACACAACCACAAAAGUCAUUAUGACAGAACUGUUAAACGUUAAACUACGAUUAUUUUCGUGUAAUAAUAAUAUCCUAAAAUUAUAAUAAAUUAAAUAGCAAAAAUUUCAUAAUAAAUUUAUAAUAAGUGCUUAAUAAGUUUAAUAUAAAGUUCAACACUAUUUCAAACAUUUAUUAGUUAAAAUAAAUUAAAAUAAAAUUAACUCCAAAAAAUAAAUACAAAAAAAUGGACUCUUCGUCUGAAGGCUCCACUGAUGAAGAAGAAGUGCUGCGAUUAUUUGAUAAAGAAGCUAAAGUUAUUGUGCAGAGUGAAACGUUACCAAAGAAAUCAGCUGAUCGAUACAUGCAAAAUUAUAAUGCCUACAAAAACUGGAAGGAAAAAAAUAAAAAUUCCCUCUCGACGUCAGAAGAAAACAAUUUAAUUGUUUAUUUUAAAGAUUUAAAAAAAAGGUUAAGUCCAUUAACUCUAUGGAGCGUGUGGAGUAUGCUAAAAAAGACAUUAAAUACCAAUGAUGAUAUACAGAUAAAUAAUUUCUUAAAUUUAAAAAGUAUGAUUAAACGAAAUGCUAAAGGACACAGACCGAAGAAAUCUUUUAUUUUAACAUGGGAACAAAUUAAAAAAUUUAUUGAUGAAGCUCCUGACUCAGAAUAUUUAGCAGUGAAGGUUGUAUUAAUAUUUGGAAUAUGUGGCUGCUUACGAUGUUUAGAAUUAACAAACAUGAAAGUUGGAGACGUAGAAGAUUUGAAUGGGAGGUACUUAAUAUCUAUCAAUGACAAUAAAAAUGAUUACCCUGGCCAAUUUAUUAUUGGGAAUCUCUUCUACGCUAAAGUUAAAACUUAUAUUUCCAAGAGACCAUCUGGUAAUUUCAAUGACAGGUUUUUCAUCCAAUACACGAAAGACAGAUGUACUCGAACUCCUAUAGGACGUCAUACUAUAGGAGGAAUGCCGAAAAAAAUUGCGACUUAUUUGGAUCUGCCUAACAUCAAUAGACAUACCGGCCACUGCUUUAGAAGAUCAUCUGCAACGCUUCUCUCGAACUCCGGCGCGAACAUGCAGAUGAUCAAACAGCUAGGGAGAUGGCGUUCAGAUGUGAUCGCCCAGGGCUACGUUUAAAAUUCCUUACACAACAGGCAGAUGAUUUUCAAUGAAAUAAUCCAGAAUGAGACCGAGGUAAUUCCUGAACCCCGACCAUCAACCAGCACAGCAGAACCCGACAUUUUAUACCCUCAAUCCGUAAUUAAUAAUGCUCAAGACGCAACCAUUGAUUCCCAAGAAGAAACCAUCAACGCUCAUGAAGAAACUGUUAACCCCGAAAAUUCAACGAUUAAUCCCGAAGAAGCGAAUGUUAACACCGAACAAGAAACCCACGAGUUUGAAUCAGCACUUAUCGAUUUAAAUUGGUCAGAUUUUGAGGAUGAUUUUACUGAAACGGACCCUAAACAAACUUCGAGUAAGUAAAAAUGACAAUACUUGUUUAACAAAAUACGUUUAUAUCCCAAUUUCAAAUUCACGUUUUAUUUUUCAGUUCCAACCGUCGUACCCACUGGUUUUACUACAGCGAAUCAAAAGCCACUUUUUGUGCCACAGAAGACUCAAAACCAACUAAUAAUGAAUAAUAAUACUAAUAAUAAU